AUGAUAAAAAUUGGACAAAGCCACAUAUUUAGUGAUAUUAAUACCAUCAUUAAAACGAAAUCAAUUCAAGACUAUAUCAAUACAACAGUAAAAGGUGUCGAACGUAACAUUGACUUACUUAAAGAAGUCAAUGCUCAAAUAAAAGAGCUUCAAAUGGAAUAUAAUAAAGAGUGUAUAAACUUGCGCAUUGCCUCCGAACAAGACAUCAAAAGUUAUUUAUCUCUUCGUCGCGCAAUUAUCGAAGGGAAGUCUUACGACAAUAUCGAUAUCGACAAAAGUGGCGUGAAAGACUUUUGGACGCGAGUCUUUUAUUACUCAGGGUUUACCAAAAACGUUGGCUACACCGAACAAGACACUGAGUUGUCGAUGUCACUUAUCGACAUUGAAAUGAAAACAGCGCAACCUGUUAUUGAACAUCCACUUGCCCUCAAAGUGACGACUGAAUACACUUUCAUUUUCAACCCUAAUAAAUACCUUAAAAGUACUCAAAUUGCUUUUACAUUGACUCAGAAAUACAACGAGACGAUGCAUUCAAUACCAAACACGAGUUCUAUUGAGUUAAUCACCCCUAUACAACCCACUGAUGCACUCAAUGACAGUCAACUCAAAGAACUCUUUUUAGGUAAGAGACCAGACGGGGUUUUGAUAUUAAUGGAUGCUUUCAAUAGCAUCAACUUUAAGGCAAUUUCAUUCUACUUUAACUUGUUCGAUCCCAGCCAUUUCCUUGACGACGAAAGCGACUUUGAUAGUGAAGAAGCAUCAACGCCCUCUGAGAACAGUGACAAAGACGACGAAGAGAAAACAAGUAAAAGUGAAGAAUCAAAUUAA